AUGGCAGAAACAGUGGUGAGCCUCGUGGCCAUGAAAUUAACUUCUUUGCUUGAGGAUGAGUUCUCCUUGCUGGGAGGAUUGAAAAACGAACUUGAUGAAGCCAAAAGAGAGCUGGAAAGCAUAAAAUCCUUCCUAAGAGAUGCAGAUAAGAAGAUUGAGGUCCAUGGAAUUCGGACUUGGGUGGCACAAGUGAGAGAUAUAGCGUAUGAUGUGGAAGACGUGAUUGAUGAAUUCAUGUACAGCAUGGAGGGGCAGCAUCGAGGAGGCAGCAGAUUUAUGCGUUUCCUUCUCAAUACCAUUUAUCUUCCCAAGAAUCUUUGGACAAGGCAUCGAAUUGCCAAGCAGCUGCAAGGAAUUAGAAUAAGAGUUCAGUCGGUAUCUGAUAGAAGCAAGAGAUAUGGCUUUGACAGGAUGGUUGAAGGAGAAAAGCAUACGUAUGAGAAUGGAGAGAGGAGGGGGCAUCAAGGAGAGUUAUCCCUUUUCGUCCAGAAUGAAGACAUUGUCGGAAUUGAGAAAAACAGGGAUCUAUUGGUGGGCUGGUUGACCGACGGAGAACCGCGUCGGACGGUAAUAUCGGUUGUUGGAAUGGGAGGGUUGGGGAAAACCACUCUUGUUGCUAAAUCUUUCAACAGCCAAAUUGUUAGGAGGCACUUCGAUUGCUACGCGUGGGUCUCAGUAUCUCAGAAUUACAAGAUCGAACAGCUGCUAAGAAGAACAAUAGUAGAAUUCGACGCGAAGCAGGAAUUGCUCCCAAAUAAUUAUUUGGAAGCAUUCGAUUACAAAAAGCUGGUUGAGACGCUCAUCAACUACCUGCAAGAAAAGAGGUACGUGAUUGUGUUAGAUGAUGUAUGGAGGAUAGAUGUUUGGACAAGCAUAAGUGUUGCAUUUCCAGAGAAUUUAUGUGGAAGUAGGAUACUGGUUACAACCAGACAACAGGAUGUGGCUUCAAGCUUUGGGUUCGGAAGCCAUGUUCACCACCUACUUCCUCUGCAACAGAGCGAGGCUUGGGCUCUAUUUUGUAAGAAAACAUUCUCAGAUGAUCCUUUCAAUUCUUGUCCUCCGGAGCUAGAACCCUUGGCUCGGACCAUAGUGAAAAAAUGUGAAGGAUUACCACUCGCAAUAGUAGCUGUAGGGGGCCUUCUGUCGUUGAAAGAUCAUACAGAAUUGGAAUGGAAGAAAGUCAAAGAUAGCCUCAAUUGGGAGCUAAGAGACAAUCCAAUGUUGGAAAGUGUUCAGAGCAUUUUGUCACUUAGCUUCAAUGAUUUGCCCUACUAUCUUAGGCAUUGUUUCUUGUAUUGCAGUCUGUUUCCAGAGGAUUAUAUAAUGAAGCGACAGAGGUUAGUCAGGCUAUGGAUAGCAGCCGGGUUUAUUCAAGAGAGGCGAGGAAUUCCGAAGGAUGUGGUCGCCGAGGCCUACCUAAGCGAGCUCAUUCGAAGGAACAUGCUUCAAGUUGCAGUGAAGGAUGAUGUUGGAAUGGUGGAAGCAUGUCGAAUGCACGAUCUCAUGCGAGAGCUAGCUCUAUCGGCUUCUGAAGAAGAAAACUUCUGUACAGUACACGAUGGGCGUGAAGCGAGAGAAGAUGGAAAUGGAAAAGCACGGCACUUGUCCAUCCUGAAUAAUGACAACACAAUUCAAUCUAGCCUAAGCACGGCGAGCAUGCCUCGUCUACGUUCUCUCUUCAUGUUUCUCACUGCUACAGUUUCUCCUUCUUGGCUUCCAACUCUACUAUCAAGCUUUAGGCUGUUGAGGGUCUUGGAUCUUACAGGGGUUCCUAUAGAAACUGUGCCGGAUGAUUUGUUUGAUGAGUUGUUCAAUUUACGUUAUUUGAGCUUUCGAGAGACCAACAUUAAGAAGGUUCCGAGAUCAUUGGGAAAGCUCCAGAGGUUAGAAACCUUGGAUGUCAGACACACAAAUGUGAAGAGUCUGCCCAAUGGAUUGGCAAAACUACUCAACUUGCAAUAUCUUCUCAUGUAUCAAUUCAUCGAUCGAAAUUAUAAGACUUUUAAUUCCAUUAGUAGCAUCCGAGCUCCCACAGGAAUAUGGAAAUUAGCCAACUUAAGAACUCUUGCCAGCAUUGAAGCAAACAGCAAGAUAAUCAGACUUGUUGGGAACUUGACCCAACUUAAAAGGUUUGAAAUCACAAAACUGAGAGCUGUCGACGGAGCAGAACUGUGUCAGUCCAUACAAAAGAUGAGCCACCUCCUCAACUUGAACAUGGUGGCACUCAACGAGAAUGAACCGCUUCAACUGGAAGCACUAUCUCCAGCACCACCUCUUCUACAAACACUCAGAUUGUCUGGGUACUUGGAGAAGGUCCCUCGUUGUUUAGGCACCCUCAGGAACCUCACUCGUUUGUGUCUGCGUUGGUCUCGGCUAAGAGAAGAUCCUCUUCCUUCACUUCAAGCCUUGCCCAACUUAGCUUUCCUUCAACUUGUCAAAGCAUACAACGGGCCACUGUUGUGCUUCCGUGGUGGAUGGUUCCUUAAACUCAAGGGGCUCACUUUGUGGGAAUUAUCACAAUUGAAUUGCGUUAUAAUUGAGAAGGGAGCCAUGCCGUGCAUCCAAAAGCUAGAGCUAACUGCAUGUGCGGAGCUAAAAUCGCUGCCUCAGGGCAUUGAAUAUCUCCAGGGACUCAGUCAACUGUACCUGCAGGAGGUGGCGGAUGAACUCUUAUGGAGACUAAGGGGGCCAGAGGGCCUGGAUCGUCCAUUGGUUGAUCACGUUCCACAUAUAAGGCAUUACUAUCAGAUAGGGCAUGAAUGGCUUGUUGAAAGGCUCUAG